AUGGCAGCAGUAUCGCAAACGUUGGCGCAAAAUACUAAUGGAGUAGAUAAUUUAAAUAAGCGAAAAAGUCAAUAUUUACGUCCAGCAGUUGAAGAGCCAAUUAAUAUGAAUACACACGAUAAAUCAUCGCCAAAUAAAAAAUUGGAUAAUGACACCGAUGCAAAAUUAGGUUCUAAUUCAACAUUUUCGAAUGGUGAUGUCUAUCGUGAAACGGCAACAAUCAACAACAAAUCUCAUCCUCAUUUAGCAUCAUCUAAACAAAAUAUGUUAUCUAGUAUUCGUCUACUCGUAUUACCCGUCGUACUUGGUCUUCUAUUUGGAUUUUUGCUCAAUAAAUCUACGGUAUUUGUUGCACCAACAAUUCGUCUACAAAUGUUAUUUCAACGUUAUGCAAUGCUAAAAAUGUUUCUAGCUGCUGUUGGUACAUCAAUGUUAUCUGUUUCUGCAUUGUUAAUAUGUUGUGAACAGUCUUAUAAAAGAGUAUUACGAUCUUACAUAGAACAAAAUGCUUCACGAUUAUUCUUACAUUAUGUCGUUGGAGGCACUCUAAUUGGAUUGGGCAUGGUUGUUUGUGGAAGCUGUCCGGGAACAGUAUUCGUACAACUAGGUGCAGGUAUUAAAAAUUCAUUGUACACGUGUUUGGGCGCGUGUCUUGGCUCAUUUGUUUACUAUGCAGUAAUUCAUACUAGAACACAAAAACAUAAACCAAAUCGUGAAGAUGUUAUGUUGAAACAAUUGCCUGAUUUAAUCUAUGUUAAUAGAUUUAUUAUGACUUCGAUUUUGGGCAUCGUCUUCCUUGGAAUGGCCAUUGGAUUAGAAUUUAUUAUUCCAUGGAAACAGGACUUAAAUCGAUCAUUACUCAGUCACCUAGGUAGGCACCAUUAA